AUGGUUCGAAAAAAGAUUGCAGGAUUAAUAUGUAUUUUAUUAUCCUUACAGUUCCUUACCAUCGUCUCCUUUAUUGCUGUUGCCAGUGCUGGUGUCUUGCCAUUACCUCAAGUAUAUCAUCCAGCUCCCACGGCAGUUGUGAAAACGAUUGCACCAGUAGCAUAUGCCCAUGCCAAACCCGUUCUGGUGAAACAUGAUGUCCACUAUGAUGACCAUCCUCAAUAUAACUACAACUAUGAUGUGAAUGAUGAACAUACCGGGGAUGUCCAUAGCCAAACGGAAGAACGUGACGGUGAUGUGGUUCGUGGUGAAUAUUCAUUGAUUGAUGCUGAUGGUUUCCGCCGUGUCGUUCAAUACACCGUUGAUCCUCACAGCGGUUUCAAUGCUGUCGUAAAUCGUUAUCCUUUGGAUCAUGUCAAAACUGUUGUCAAACAAGUAGCUCCCGUUACUUUGAUUAAACAAUAUCCCGUACCACAAGCCUAUCAUCAACAUCAUUAG